UAAGCUGAAAAGAAGCAUGUAUUGAUAAACGAAAUACAUUUAUCCGUAAUAAAGAUUUAAUUGUUGUUUUGGUGGAAAAUUUACUUAAAUGUUUGAUAGUAUACACAGUUUUUAUAUGACCUGACAUGUUGUCCGUCCCAGGUGUCAAAACAAACAGUUGAGAACAGGUGUGACAAAAUUACUUGAAGAUGAUGUGUCAACAAAAGUUAUACCAACUCAGUUGGUCAACCCGUAAUCUCUGAGCAAUGAUAAACAAACCAUCGCACACACUAUGGCUCUGCUGUAUGGCCAACUUCAUCAAUGCAGCAGACAGAGUUAUCAUGCCGAUAGCCAUCGUUCCAAUGACCGAUGAGUUUAAGUGGGACAUGCAUGGUCAGGGAUGGGUGCUCAGCUCCUUCGCCGUGGGCUAUAUCAGUAGUCAGGUGAUAGGAGCAAGUGCGACCCGGAAGUAUGGAGGCAAGAACAUGCUUACUCUGUCAGUGUUCCUGUGGUCCCUGUCCACGUUCCUCGUCCCCCUUUUUGCGCACUCGCUGUACAGUCUUAUACUUGGCAGAGUUAUACUGGGUCUUGGGGAGGGGUUUGGGUUGCCAACAAUGUUUCACAUAUUUUCCCACGGCAUUCCCAGUGAAGAGCGAUCAAGAGCGUUUGGGUAUCUUGUGGCCUUCGGUUCAAUAGGACAAACUGUUGCAUCCGUGAUAUGUCCCCACCUGACCUGGCGUUGGAUGUUUUAUUUGUUUGGCUCAGUAGGUUUUCUAUGGGUGUGCGUGUGGCUAUAUUCCUAUACAGACCCCAAAGCUGGCGAUAUUGAGGAAUUUGUUGAACCUCCAAAAGUAAACAAUAACAAUGUGAACUGGCGAGAGUUUGUUAGCCACUGGCCGCUGUGGUCCAUCUACAUUGCCCACUUCUCCAUGAACUGGUCCAACUACAUCAUAAUGCACUGGCUACCAACGUAUCUCACACGCACCCUCGGGGCCGACCAGACACAUAUCAUGCUUACCGCUGUUCCCUAUGUGAUGAACUCUGUUGUCGGUGUUGUGGCGGGUCACUGCGCCGAUUCCCUCAUCAGCCGUUACAAGUGGACUGUGUUGUCUGUGCGCCGUCUCAUGACCAGUAUUGGCCUUCUGGGGCCCGGUGUCUUCAUUCUUUUCUUCUCUGCUGUAUAUAACUUGCCGUUAGCUGUUUUUUUUGUGACCAUCUGCCUUGGUCUAAGUGCCUGUAACUCAUCUGGUCAUCUCAGUAACCACGCGGAGGUUGCGCCCAGUCAUGCCGGCAUCACGUUUGCCAUCUCAAAUACUCUUGCAACAAUCCCUGGUAUACUCUGCGGGCCACUCACAGCAGAGUUAGUGACCAGCAGUGGAGGUCGAUGGCUGCCUGUGUUUGUAUUAGCUGCGGGCGUGAACUUUGUUGGAGCCAUCGUUUACCUUAGCCAAAGUGCCGCUAGUCAGCUGUUGUAGCAAGCAUGACGUCAUUAUGUGCUUUUUUUCAAUUUUUGUUUUAGUGUACAGUAUCUCCAGGGUUGAAUAUUUUCAUAUGAUAUUUUUGUGAUUAUUUUGAUUAUGGUUGAAUAUUUUUCUUUAACCAACAUUUGUUUCUCCAUUUUAUCUGAAUUUUUUUUUUAGAAAAGCUUUUUUCUUAGUAGCAACUUGAAUAGCAAACACAGGAAAAACAUUUAUCAGUGGCUUAUCAGCUGAAAAUUAUAAUUUUUUCUAUAGGUCUCUGUGUAUUACCGAAUUUGUCACCAUUACAAUAAUAAUUGGCAAACCUAUUUUAUAACCAAUUACUGUCUAUAAAAGGUAAUUAUGUGAUUUUUCUGGCAUUAUGAAUUGUUUAUGUCAAAUUAUGUGAAUAUAAAAACUCGUUUAUUAAAAAAUACUUGACUUACCUUAGGUUUGCUCUGAUCAUAAUACCCUAACAUUUUGUAUAUUAUAUGAUGCUGUGUUUAAGUAUUGCUAAUGAGAUUUUAUUUGAUUGGCAUAACAAAAGUUCAGAUCAAAACAAAAUGUAUAUUGAUAUAAAGUCCUUUACAAAUCAUGAAAUAAAAAUAACCAUUUUUUUAUUUUUACUUCACCAUUUAUCUUAAUUUGGUUGUGACAGCUAGAACUUGUUGCUGUUGAUCCAUCGUCGGAUUCCCCCGAUACCCACUACGCUAUGCUUCAUUGUGUACCGUGGGCAAUUUGUCUAGGAAAAUCUCGUAAUCAUGAAUAAUUAAUGAGGCAGUUUUAUUGGUUCUGUGAAGUACCAGAUGCUUUCGGUUGAAAAAACAUUCUGGCGAAUGCCGUAGUUGAACAAUAAUAUUUGGUAGUAGUCAAGUACCCACGGCCACGGAGGUUACUGACACUGUAAAGUUAUUGCACAAUAUUUAAGUGUAACAUGGGAAUUCAUUGGAAGAAGAGUUGUCUCUCCUGCCUUAUGCAUAUUCAUUAAAACGAGAUUGUCAGUCAAUUGUCCCACGGUAUGUAUGAAGUGUAACGAAAGAAAGUACCAUGGUUGCCGAAGAUGCUGUUGAUCAAACUUCAUAUUUAUUGCUCUGCGGCAAAAAAUAUGGCUCAGGUAACCCAAACCACCUAAUCAUCCCCACAAAUCCCCCUAUAACAAUUAUUUUCAGACACAAUUUUUUUGGAAAAUAAAAAUUGACUGAGCCGAUAAAAACAUUUCUAUUCACAUGCAAAACACUAGUAGCUUCACAAUCAUUUUUUUGUGUGACACUGUGAACAUAAACUGUACAAUAACCUGUACAACAACAAAGAAAGCGUUAAAUCUAUAAACAGUGGGCUGGUUAUUUUUUAUCCCUUUUAAGAAAUGUUACCUGAACCAUGCAUUUUUUUUCUUGUUUUUUUUUGGCCUAGUACUUUAUAACUGUAAACCUCCUUUUGUACAUGUGUGUCAAUAUGAAUGCUUAUUUUUGUUUCCAUAUCUAUGGACAUUUCAUACUCACAAGUCACUUUUACUCCUUAUAAAUAUGUAUUUUAUUAUUGAACAAAACAAGUGCUUUCAUCUGAUUGUAAUACAGUGCAUACUAGUGUGAUAUUUAUUGUUAUUUAAUUCAAAUGUGUUUGUCUAAAUUGAUUCAUUUUGACAUUUGUCUGUUUGAAAUGAUUCAUAUUUUUUGUAAAUAAAUACAUGUACAGUCAAACCCUGUUGGUUCAAACUCGUUUGGCACAAAAUCCUCGUUGGCUCGAACUAAAUGUAAAGGACCGAUUUCUCUAUACUGAAAGUAGACGGAUCGAUUUUUCUAAGGCUCGUGGUAUUUUCGCCGGUCCCUCUGAGUUCGAGCCAACGGGGUUCGACUGUACAUCAGUAUGAACACAAUUGGUGGGGUAAAACCGUAGGUUACCAAGUGACAUUAAAAUAUAGAAGGUUAUGGUGCCUUCUGCAUUAACCUCACGCAUUACUUCAAUGGUGAAUUGUUUAAAAUAUAAUUUUGUUUGCAAAGUCAUUUGCAUGUAUGAGAUUCUAUUUCCAUGAAUUGAUUUUCUAUUUCUAGAAUGCUUUUAAGGGCUUUUCCAGUAAAACAUAUAAUCCCUGGGGAAAGGCAAUUAUUUAAAAAGUAUAUAGGCGGGUGUCUUUUUUCGCUAAUUUGGACCCCACAAGGGUAAAUUUGCUUUUGUAGGGUGGUGGCAUAAUUUAAAAGUGUCUUCCCCCCGUGGGUUAUAUGUUUAAAUGGAAUAGCCCUAACUAGAAGGGUCCAUUUUUGCAAUCAUGUUUGAGAAAAAUGUCAAGAUACUAAUAGCUUCAGAGUCAUUGUGAGCUUAUGAAAGUCUGCGCCUGCGCCAUUGACUGCAUUAUGGCAUGACCCAGCUAUAAAGCCUUAACGACUUGAAGUAUAAUAACUUUAAUAAAUCAACGAAAAAUGUAACUGCAUGAUACAAAGUUUGUCUCAAAUAAUUAUAAGUUGUUCACUGAUUUCUUGGUGUUAAUUUCAUUUAUUUUACACAUUGAUGCGACUAUGAUACUUAAGGUUACAGGACAGUUUUCAGAGUAAAGACACUGCAAUUAGCCUGUUAACAAAAACAAAACUGUCAAAAGAAGAGUCCUGACUCGUACACAUUCAUACCAUAUCAUCACUAUGUAUUGACUUAACGGUAUGGCUUUGCUAAUCAUAAAUUUUACAUCAGCCAUUAAUAUUAGGUAGAGUUUAUAAGCUUUGCUAAGGAUUAAAUACUCCCUAGUAGAUCAGUACUCAUAUUCAGAUAACUGGAAUGAUCAAUGUUUCUACUAUUGAACGUAAGCCAAUAAACUGCAAAUAUCUAUAUAUCUGUAGACAAUGAAAGUCAUUUUGAAAAAAAUAUUAACUUUUUUAUUAAAAGGCUACAAGUCUUCUUUUAAAGUUACUAUUUCUAGACUAUUUUAAGAACUGUUAUGGUUUUGCAUACACACAACCUGUGCGUAAAGUGGCUGAUGUAAAUUGCAUUUUAGAGAUUAAUUUUAUGUGAAUCAUUUUCUCACUCAUAUCUUAUGCAGCUACAUGGAUAUGAUUAUUUUUGUACAAAUCUCCCAUUUUGAAUGAAGUUAUCGUAUGUCAUAAUGAUGAAAACUUUAAAAUUGAAAUAAAAAAUUCAAUA